CCUGACUCUGUGUCUCCGCAGCUGCAGCACCCCAGCGCCGAGGUGAGAGAGUACGCCUGUGCCAGCAUCUCACGGCUGCUGCAGCAGCAGCACGUCAUCCCGGCCUUCCUGCAGAGGGACGUCGUCCGCUGCCUGGGCCCCAUGCUGCUGGACCGCAGCUUGGCUGUGCGUGAGACGGCGGCGGGUGCCCUCCGAAAUCUGAGUGCUUGCGGAGGAUUUGAAGUCUGUGAUGACAUGGUGACCCAGGACGUCAUGACACCCCUUGUGGCACUUCUCAAAGAGUGUAGCAAUGGACUAGAUGCUAACCAGCUCUCCCCGAAGAAACACAGAGAGAUGAACAAAAAUUACAUUGAAGAUAUAGCCAACGAGGCUAUCAACUUGCUGUGGAAUGUGUGUGAAUGCAAUGGUACAGCAGUAUCCAUAUUCAAUAAAGAAGGGUGUCUGGAGGCUGUGCUACAUUACAUUAAGAAAUUUUCCACGAAUGUGGAUCUGGCUAUUUCAGUAGCAAAUUGCUUACAGGCAGUGACAGAAGAUAAUCCAGAUCUCCUUUCUUCAUUCAGUGCCCCUGUGCAGCAAGUCUUGGAAACAGUGAUGCUGUGUCCAGAGAGCACAAUGAAGCACAUCCUUUUGAGAACACUGAUAGCAGGCACCAUCUGGAAUAUCAAGGAAACCAUUCCACCAGGCAGCCUGGGAAACAUGGUUAAUGCAAUCCUGAAGAUUUUCUCAGAAUCAUUAGCAGUAGAUGCUGGUGAAACAAUUAUUCGUAUGAAUGAAGCUGAAAAAAACAGAUUAAAACCUGCUGCAGAGGCAGAAACCGAGGAAAACGUGAUUGAUGUUACAGACAACUGUGCUAUAAGUGAAGAUGAUGGCAUGGAAGAAAUACCUAAAGGAAAAGGCAGUGGAGAACAUGACAUCUCAGACCUGCUUCCAUCUGAUAAAUGGGAACUGAAAGAAGUGACAGCCUUACUGAUGGCUCAGCAGACUGCUCUGGAAAUCAUUGUUAAUAUGUGCUGCAGCGAAGAUCCCUCUGAUGAUGAGUGGGAAGAGCUCUCCAGCAGUGAUGAAAGUGACCUGUUUAUGGAAAACUCGUACAGUGAGGGCAGUGGGCUGCUGAUGUCACCCCUGUGCCUCUCUGCUGAGGUUCACUCAGCAUUUCUGAACAACCUCAUUCCAAAGAAGAUUCUUGAAAAAACUGCUUUUCCGAACAGUGUUGCUCUAGACAUCUGUAUGCACAAUCCGUCUUGGAAACCGUUAAUUAAAAAACUAAACACAGUGCAGUGUAGAGCUUUAACCUGUCUUCAUAGCAUUUUGUUGGUGUCAGAUGUGGAUUGCCUUGGAGGAGCCUCAGCACUACAGUCACUCGCACAGCAUCUCUCACAGCUGAUCUUUUCUAAAGCAGGUAAGGUGUUUAGAGGCUUGCUGGCCUGUCAUGUAGGUCUACACAUGCAUAGGUAGCCACUAUGCAUCUUA